AUGGAUUAUCCUAUUCACAAGUGUAUUUUCCAAGGUGACAUUCAAUUACUUAGUACUUUAAUAAGGACGCAUAAUAUUGCUGAAAAAGAUAAACAUGGGAACACCCCGUUGCAUUUAGCAGUAAUGCUAGGCCGUAAAGAAUGCAUCCAAUUACUGCUCGCCCACGGAGCGCCACUGAAGGUAAAAAAUCUUGCAGGCUGGAGUCCCUUAGCCGAAGCGAUAAGCUACGGGGACCGUCAAACAAUAUCUUCUUUAGUAAGAAAAUUAAAGCAGCAAGCCCGGGAGCAAAUGGAAGAAAGGCGACCGGACCUGGUGUCGGCAUUACACAAAAUGGGGGACUUCUACAUGGAAUUAAAGUGGGAUUUUCAAAGCUGGGUACCUUUGGUGUCCCGAAUCCUGCCCUCGGACAUCUGCCGAAUCCACAAAAGCGGCGCGUCAAUCCGCAUGGACACAACCCUGGUGGACUUCAAUGACAUGAGAUGGGAACGAGGCGACAUAUCAUUUAUCUUUAAUGGUGACCAGAAACCCGGCAAGUCUCUGACGGUACUCGACAAUAAAGCCAAGCUGUACCAACGUGUCCGCUAUGAAGAGACGGAGCUCGAAAUUGAAGAUGAAGUGGACGUUUUGAUGUCCAGCGAUAUUAUGGCCGCGCAAAUGUCCACCAAAAAUAUAACUUUUGUUCGCGCUCAAACCGGGUGGAUUUUCCGCGCAGACAAACGCGAGAUGGUUGGUCCUUUCAAUGCUGACUUUUAUCAGAUUAAUGGAAUGGUACUGGAGAGUCGCAAGAGACGCGAGCAUCUCAGUGAAGAGGAUUUACAGAAUAAUAAAGCUAUGAUGGACACUUUGACUAAAGGAAAGUCUCAGGGAUUUAUUAAUGGCGAGACACCAAACAGACGAGCAUCUCUAAAUCCUCCUCCAGACUCAAACAUAUCCUGGGAAACUUAUCUAGAAGUGCCGGCAGGUGAGUGUCCGCUUCUAGGCAGGAGCCAUGUGUACAAAGAAAGUAGUAAAGCAUUCAGAGCGACUGUUGCAAUGAGCCCAGACUUUCCUCUGACUGUCGACAUGCUUCUAAAUGUACUUGAAGUAACAGCGCCCUUUAAACACUUCGGGAAACUCCGUCAGUUUGUGCAAAUGAAGCUACCUCCCGGAUUUCCAGUUAAAAUAGACAUACCGAUUCUGCCAACAGUCACCGCUAAAAUAACAUUUCAAGAAUUUGCAUUUAGGAAUGAUAUUAAUCCAGACUUAUUUCAAGUACCAUCGGACUACGUCGAGGAUCCUAUGAGCUACUACGGAGCGUAUAUGGCAAUGAUGAUGGUUCUACCAGCUUCUUCAGUGUGA